UGUGGCCUAGAAGCGCCGUCGCGCUGCUGUGUUAGCAUCAAGUGGGUGAUGUGGAGCUGACUUCCCCACCGAGGCACCCCGCUUAAAAUACAUAUUUCACGUCUACUCGCGUCUUGUACACAGCGAUACCUGAGCCGACAUGCCUCCGAAGAAACCCGCCCCGCCCGGGGGUGGUAAAAAAACGCAAGAGAAGAAGAAGGAAAAGAUAAUUGAGGACAAGACAUUUGGUCUGAAGAACAAGAAAGGCGCCAAGCAGCAGAAGUUCAUCAAGAACGUUACUCAGCAAGUGAAGCCGCCUACCAGACCGGGCGAGGGAGAUAAGAGCACUAAGAAGAUCGACAAGAAGAAGGAGUUGGAUGAACUCAACGAGCUGUUUAAACCUGUCGUCGCUGCUCAGAAAGUCGCCAAAGGUGUUGAUCCGAAGUCGGUCCUGUGUGCGUUCUUUAAGCAGGGUCAGUGCACCAAAGGAGACAAGUGCAAGUUCAGCCAUGAUUUGACGAUGGAGAGGAAAUGUGAGAAGAGGAGUCUCUACGUGGACGAAAGAGACGAUGAGCUGGAGAAAGACACCAUGGACAAGUGGGACGAGAAGAAGCUGGAGGAGGUGGUCAACAAAAAACACGGAGAGGCGGAGAAGAAGAAAGCCAAAACGCAGAUCGUGUGUAAGCACUUCCUGUACGCCAUAGAGAACAACAAGUACGGCUGGUUCUGGUCGUGUCCGGUGGGGGGCGACGUCUGCAUGUACCGGCACGCUCUGCCCCCCGGCUUUGUGCUGAAAAAGGACAAGAAGAAGGAGGAGAAAGAGGAGGACAAGAUCUCGCUGGAGGAACUGAUAGAGAACGAGCGAGCGGCUCUGGGCGCCAACGUGACCCGGAUCACCCUGGAGACCUUCCUGGCUUGGAAGAAGAGGAAAAGGCAGGAGAAGAUCGACAAAGCCGCGUUGGAGAUGGAGAGGAAGAAGGCUGACUUCAAGUCCGGCAAAUCGCUAGUGGUGAGCGGGCGCGAGGUGUUUGAAUUCCGGCCGGAUUUGAUUGACGAGGACGACGACGAGGCCGCCGACACUCAGUUUGUCAGCGACGAUGAAAACGACGAGGAAAACGAUGAUAAGGCAAGUUUGACGGAGUUCCAGGAUAUAGACCUAUCCCGCUUUGUUCCACAAGAGGUGGACAACACAGGCAUUACAGUCGCAUCCACGGACCGCUUCACCUCCAGGAAUAAGACUCGGCCGGCAGCCACACACAGCGAGGAGCAGCUGAACGGAGCUUGCGGCGGCGCCGAGGCCAACGGGCUUUCGGGGGCGGAGGGAGGUGGGGAGGAGGAGGAGGACGACGAGGAAGAGGAAGUACCGGUGGAUGAGAACUUGUUCACGGGCGAAGACCUGGAGGAGCUGGACGAGGAACUCAACACACUGGCGCUGGAAGAGUGAGCUCCUGAAGAGGGGGGGAGGGGGGGAAGACGGACUAAGGGACAAUCGGGAUCGAGCCGUGGAUGCAUGGAGCUAAACACAGACAGACGUUCUAAUGAUUUUAACUUCCAGAGACUCCAGUAAUAAAGCCUGAUUCUUUAAUGACAUCACUGCCCGUCUCUUGACGCCUCUGUCUUCUCACAUCCUGGCGCGUCCUCGGCCGUCUCUCAAUUCCCUCGCCGGGGUCGACUCCAUGUGAAAACAAGAUUUCUGCCGUUUCAUCCCGCAGGACAAACUCGCCAGCGUUACUCCUGAGAAAUCAGGCUUCCUUAUCGGUUAAAUAGUGAGACAUUGUAAGGGCCUCAACUCAAUAAAUGAAGUGACAUCGUCGGAUGUUUGAAUGAGUACUGAAGAUGGAUGAACAGGAGGGAUUCUGUUGUAAGAAACUGAAUCUGUUCACCUCAUACCAAAAUAAAAGGCUGGAGUUUGAAAAAGAUUUUACCGAGAGUUAAUUCAACUUUUUGAAAGAAGUCCACAAGAAGCUUCUAAUACGUUGCUCUUCUUCUGAGAGCAGAGCAGUAAUAAAGCCCCCAGCAGGGGGCGCAAACGUCCCAUUUCCAACACACAAUUGUAAAUAAUGUUCUCCUGAUGCCUCCUGAAGAAAUAAAAGAUUACUGUUCA